UCCUUGAUAUUAAUAACCUGUUUUGUCCUCGUCGACGGAUCAAAGUCACUCGUCUUUCUCCUCACUGUGUACAGGAUUACAGGUUCAGUGCUCUACAUACAUGCACCAAACCACGCCUCUUCCCCGGUUCUCACUGCCUUUUUAACCCGGACGUAAGUAUAUAUACUUGUAUGUAUGUAUAUGUAUGUAUCCAGCCUCCUGGUGAUGGGCAGUCGAUCGAUUCUGACCUCUUCCUGGCGUCCAUCUAUUCUCCUUCUUCAUUCACAGUGAGUAGUCAGUCAGUCAGUCAGUCAGUGAGUCUAUCAGAUACAUAAUCAGUACAAAGUUUCGUGUUUAUUAAUUGCAUAAAAGAGGUAGAUGCGUAUAUAUAUUUCCGUGAAUUGGUAUAGGGAAAAUUGAUGGGGCACAAGAAGCGACCGAUCGGUCCUCGCUCCAAACCCUCAGUUGCGCAGCUGGAGGCUUCCCCCGCUGCUGUCGAUGGGGCGCCCCUUCCAGAGUCGCUGGAGUUGGACCACAAUCUCGAUUCAGUCACUGAGAAUUCCUUGAUUCGGAACGACAGGGGGGUAGUUGAAUCAGAGACAAAUGCUUCGUCCUCAUAUGCUAAUAUCAAGCUUGAAUGCGAGCGAGCACUGACCUCCCUGCGCAGAGGGAAUCACACCAAAGCCCUCAGGUUGAUGAGGGACUUGGGUGCCAAGCAUGAUAACCCAACAAACUUGGCUUUGAUUCACCGUGUCCAAGGCACUGUUUGUGUGAAAGUGGCAUCCAUUAUUGAUGACCCCAAUGUGAAGAACAGGCAUUUGAAGAAUGCAUUGGACAGUGCUAGAAAGGCAGUCAUGCUUGCCCCUAAUUCGAUUGAGUUUGCGCAUUUCUAUUCCAACUUGUUGUUUGAGGCUGCGAACGAGAGUAAGGGGUAUGAGGAGGUUGUUCAGGAAUGUGAGAGGGCACUGGCAAUUGAAAACCCAGUUGAUCCUGCAAAGGAGAGCUUACAGGAGAGCCAACAGAAGGCGACCACUGCUGAGGCUAGGAUAUCUCAUGUGCAGGCUGAGAUUAGGACAUUGAUUCAGAGGUGUAACAUUGCAUCUAUUUCAACCUGGGUGAAAAAUUUUGGAGCCGGUGAGGAGAAGUUUCGGUUGAUACCAAUUAGGAGGAUGACCGAGGAUCCAAUGGAAUUAAGAAUAGUACAGGCAAAAAAGCCCAAUGAAAUUAAGAAGGCUACUAAGACGCCUGAGGAGAGAAGGAAAGAGAUCGAGGUUCGAGUGGCUGCUGCAAGACUAAUGCAGCAGAAAUCAGAAUCAACCACAAAAUUAAAUGAUGGGGACAGGAGUUUGGAAUCACCGGCUGGGCCAGUACAGAGGGGAAAUGAGAGACGGAAAGGUGGAAAUGUGAGGAAGAGCGUGUCUUCCAUGGAGAGAAUGGACUCUGUGCGCUCCUAUUGGAAUUCAAUGAGUAAGGAUAUGAAAGAAAAGUUGCUCCGGGUGAAAAUUGUGGAGCUUAAAUCCCAUUUUCGCUUGUUGAAGGAUCGAUUGGCAAAUGAAGUGAUAUCUGAAGUUCUGUUGUUUGUUGAAGCUAGGAAAUCAUGGACGUGUUGGACAUGUUGCCACUGUGAGGAAAGAUUUGUUGACUCGGAGUCGCACAUUCAGCACGUCAUGAAUGAGCACAUGUGCAGUUUGUCUCCCAAGCUGCAGUCAGUACUGCCUCAAAAUGUGGAAGAUGAGUGGGCUGAGUUGCUUCUCAACUGUUCUUGGAAACCAUUAGAUAUUAAUGCUGUAGCAACAAUGAUUGAAAAACAAUUAAAAUCUCGAGUGCAUGGUUUUCUAGAAAACACAUAUGGGGGGAAUGGUCUUGAUGAGUCUAAGGAUGGCAUUUCAAACUCCAAUUGCAAUAAUUGGUACGAAUGGAAUUGCUCACCUAGCAAGAAGACAUUUGGGAAUGGAUGCCGCAUAAGUACAGUUGAUAGUAAAGGAUAUGAUAAGAUCACAGAUAAUUGGAUGGACUAUGAUGGCAAUGAAGUCGCCAAAAUAUUUGCCUCCUCUGAAAGCUGGCCAGUAGCUGAUGAUCCAGAGCGGGAGAAGCUUCUUGAAAGGAUACGUUCUGUAUUUCAUGCGCUGAUUAAAAACAAAUACCUUGGUUCUAGUCAUCUGAGCAAGGUUAUACAUUUUGCAUUAGAGGAGCUGCAGAGUCUUGGUUAUGGAUCUCAGCUGUUCAACCACAAUAUUCGUCAGUCUCCUUUGUGUAUUUGCUUCUUAGGUGCUCAGGAACUUAAGAAAAUAUUGAAAUUUCUUCAGGAACUUUCCCAUUCUAGUGGCCUCGGUAGGUAUCCUGAGAGAAGUACUGUUAUAGUUGAUACUAGUAGUAAUAGUCGAGGAGUUGAUGAUGUGGUGAACAUUUCUUUGAGUGACGAUGGUUCUUGUUUGUUGUUUGAUGAGUAUUUCAAGGCAUGCAGGCUUAGUCCCAGCGCGUUUCAUGAUGGUGCUCUCACUGAUCUCAACUCUGCAGCAAUUUCUUCUAACAUCCGAAUUGAUAAUGAGGGUUUAUGUGAUUCUGAUGAAUUGUUAUCAUGGAUUUUUAUGGGUAGAUCUAGUGCUGAGCAGUUGACAUCCUGGACACGCACAAGAGAAGAGAAAACCCAACAGGCCUUGGAAAUUGUAAGAUUACUUGAGAAGGAAUUUUAUGAACUUCAGGGCUUGUGCGAGAGAAAAUGUGAACAUCUAAGUUAUGAGGAGGCUUUACAGGCGGUUGAAGAUAUGUGUUUAGAAGAAGGUAAGAAAAGAGAGCACACGAUAGACUUAGUCCACCAAAGUUAUGAUGUUGCCUUGAAGAAGCGACGAGAGGUUCUUGUGGAAAAUCAUCAUGAUGCUACUAGUUCCAACUACAGAUUUGAGAUUGAAGCAAUUUCAAGUGUGCUGAAAGAUGCAGACUCUCUUAAUGUUAAUCAGUUUGGAUUUGAAGAUACAUAUGGAGGUAUUGCAUCUCAUCUUUGUGAUUUGGAAUCUGGGCAUGAUGAUGAUUGGAGGGUAAAAGACUACCUCGCUCAGGCAGACUCAUGUGUAGAAGUUGCAAUACAGCGACAAAAGGAACAUGUGUCGGUUGAGCUGAGCAAAAUUGAUGCAAGAAUCAUGCGAGUGGUUAGUGGGAUGCAACAGUUGGAAGUUCAGCUUGAGUCUGUAUCUGCCUAUGAUUACAGGCAGAUCUUAGUCUCUCAAGUGAAGUCAUAUCUGCGGGCGCAGUUAGAGGAUCUAGCUGAGAGAGAUGCCACAGAGAAAUCUGAUGCUGCAAGAGAAGCAUUUCUGGCAGAACUUGCUCUUGAUUCCAAGAAAAGCUUUAAUGGAGGAAGUGAUAAUGCAAAACAUUCCCAUGAAAAGUCAAAGGAUAAGAAAAAGAUUAAGGAACAUAGAAAAAAUAAGGAUUCAAAGAAUUCUAAUGGGAAUGGACUGCAAGCUCUUCACCCCGAAACUACUGAAGAAACCUCACUAUAUGUUGCUCAUGAUGGAGGAGGCAAGGAAGAGGCAGAACAUGCCACUGUGGACAGCGAAAACUCUGUAAGUCAGGAGGAGGAGGAACAAAAGCGCAGAGUUGAGCUUGAAGCUGAGGAAAGAAAGCUUGAAGAAACUUUGGAGUAUCAAAGACGAAUUGAAAAUGAGGCUAAACUAAAGCAUCUUGCUGAACAGCAUAAAAAGGUUUCCAGUACGCAUCUGGAGAUUCCUGCUACUGCAAUGCAUAAUAAUGUUUUAAAGUGCAACGAGGAGCAAGAUCAAGUUGUCAAUAAACCGCAGAGGAAUACUCAGGAAGUGUUGCGUCAGAAUAAUGGUUCUCUAUGCACUUUAGCAGCCCUUCCAAUGAACACCAUGGAUUCAGAUAUACAUACAGCUGGAUUUUCUAAUGGAAGAUUUUCUGAGGAGAGCACUUCAAUUUCUGAUCGACAGGCAGGAAGGCGGAGUAGGCGCCAAAAAGGUUCCAUUAAACAUAAUGACGAGAAGAACCAAGCAGUUCCUCCAGGAGGGGAAAAUACUGAAGUUGAUGAAGCGAGAUCUUUGGAUGACUCACUAGAAAAAAAGCAUUCUGAAGAUAGUGACCCAAAGACUUCGAGGCAGCAAGUGGUGGAUGAUGACGAAGAAAGGUUUCAAGCUGAUCUUAAGACAGCUGUACGACAAAGCCUUGACACUUUCCAUGCGCAUCAAAAGUUUCCAUUACCUCAUUCUAGUACACCAGUCCGUAUGUUCUCUGAGCCCGCUGGUACAGGAGCUCCGUAUGAGGAUACUGCUUCUGGAACUGCUGUUAAUGGGAUUGAUGUAUAUGGAACAGGGCUUAAGAAUGAAGUUGGUGAAUACAAUUGCUUCCUAAAUGUUAUUAUUCAGUCACUGUGGCAUCUAAGACAGUUUCGAGGUGAAUUCUUGAGAUCUUCUCCAGAGCACAAUCAUGUUGGCGAUCCAUGCGUCACAUGUUCUUUAUAUGAUAUCUUUACUGCUUUGAGUUUGGCAUCAUCGUCAGAAACACGAAAAGAUGCAAUUGCUCCUAAUUCACUGAGGAUUGCCUUGAGCAACUUGUAUCCUGAUAGUAACUUUUUCCAGGAGGGCCAGAUGAAUGAUGCUUCUGAAGUGCUGGAUGUGAUAUUUGAUUGCCUGCACCAAUCAUUUACAUCAGUUUUGGGUGCUUGUGAUUCGGAAUCAGCAGACAGUAGCAGCUGUUUGGAUUCAUGGGAUUGCACAAACCGUGCUUGUAUUGUACAUUCUCUUUUUGGAAUGGAUGUUUUUGAACGGAUGAACUGCUACCAAUGUGGAUUAGAGUCUAGACAUCUGAAAUAUACCUCUUUCUUUCACAAUAUUAAUGCAAGUGCUCUCCGGACAAUGAAGGUUAUGUGCCAAGAUAACUCCUUUGAUGAGCUGCUGAAUCUUGUCGAGAUGAACCACCAGUUGGCAUGUGAUCCAGAUGCUGGUGGAUGUGGGAAACAUAACCACAUCCACCAUUUCCUCUCCACUCGUCCACAUGUUUUCACCACAGUUUUGGGCUGGCAGAAUACUUGUGAGAGUGUUGAAGACAUAAAGGGUACAUUAGCAGCCUUAUCUACUGAGAUAGAUAUCAGUGUUCUCUAUCGCGGUCUUGAUCCAAAAAUCAAACAUUGCCUUGUUUCAGUGGUCUGCUACUAUGGACAGCAUUAUCACUGUUUUGCAUACAGUCAUAGUCAUGAACAGUGGAUCAUGUACGAUGACCAGACUGUGAAGGUCAUUGGCAGCUGGGUUGAUGUUGUCACCAUGUGUGAAAGAGGGCAUUUGCAACCGCAACUCCUAUUCUUCGAAGCUGUGUAAUAACUAAGUUCUGAAAUGAUUGUACAAUCUCCAGCCGGUACUAUAUAUAGAUAUAUAUAUAUAUAUAUAUAUAUAAUAACCGCUUUCAAAAGGUGAAAGAUCAUUAGGAAGAGAAGCUGAAUGAGUUCCUAGCCUGAUGAGUAUAUACGUUUCCAAGUGCAAAUUCAAGAUAGGAGGGAGAAUCACGGGACAUGGAAAAGAUCAAGUCACGAUGUUUUUUUAGCCUUCUAGUCCAUUGAACAAGUUUCACAAUCAUCACCAAUUUUGUUUUUUCCCCUUUUUGUAGUCCCAUUGAUCCGUCCAAUAAUGUGGCGGUUUCUAUGAGGAUGAAUUACUAUUAGCCACCAUUUUCUGAGCCUGUCACGGAGGAGUUUGUGGACUCUCGCUGAUGGCAACAACUUUAACAUAGUUAUAUCUAUCUAUUUAUCUAUCUGUAGACAGGGGGCGGGCAUGCAAGGUAAAUUGAUCAUUUUUUUCACAUUGAAAAGAAAGCUUUGUAUAGAGAGAACUAAUGCCGAUAGCCUUCUUUGUUAGCAAUGCACAGCCUGUCCAUUUUGACUUCUGUCUAUGAACUUCUUUGAAUUGAGUAGAGGUGCCCAAUAAUUUGUACGUUUGGUAAUAGAACGCAGAAACUCUCAACCUUAUUUCUUAUUGCUUGCUUUGUGACAGCCACAGGCAAGCUGCAUAGUAUUUACUAGAAUUUUACCAUGUGUUGCCUGAGAUGCCAUUGCCUUAUUGAUUUUUCUUCUUCUUUCAAUAUGUAUCAACUGCAACAUUCAAGUUCAGCCAGACAGCCAUUGGUCAUGAUGAACGUAUAUAGGAGCAUUAAAUUAUUGUC